UAUGCAAUUAUAAAACAUUGUGAAAUUCAGAAGAUUAAGUCUCUAUCUAAGUACCGAUAUAUACAAUAUACAACUUAUGUUUGUUAGAGUUGAAUGGUUGUAACAGAACUGCAGGUAGAUUUAGUAGGUUUGAGUUUCUUAGACAGUUAGUUUAUCAAACUCUUUCUACCUUAUUUAUGUCCAUUAUUCACUCCAAUAAUCCCAACUUCCCCACAGAUUCUUGCACUUUCCUUUUCUUUGUGGACAUUUAUAAGUUUAGAAUUCAUAGUCCUCAUUAUUCCUAGGAUAAAAUUCCAAAGACUUGUUAUAACAGAGUACCUCUACAAGUACUUAACAUGAAUCUGACUUUGACCCUACCAAUUUUUGUAACAAUUUUAUUAGCUGUUGUAAUUGGAGGCUGCAAUUGCAAGAUUGUGCAAUUCAUCUUUGGAGACUCUCUUUCAGAUGUUGGCAACAACAACUUCCUCUCCAAAAGUCUUGCUCGCGCGAAUUUGCCUUGGUAUGGUAUUGAUUUUGGGAAUGGAUUGCCUAAUGGUAGAUUUUGCAAUGGCCGUACUGUUGCCGAUAUAAUAGGUGACGAAAUGGGGCUUCCAAGGCCACCAGCAUAUCUAAAUCAAUCAUUAACAGAAGAUGUUAUACUAGAGAAUGGCGUCAAUUUUGCCUCUGGAGGUGGUGGCAUUCUAAAGGAGACAGGCGGUUUAUUUAUACAGAGGUUUUCCCUAUUCAAGCAAAUAGAGUUGUUUCAAGGAACACAAGACUUAAUUAGAGAAAAAAUUGGAACCAAAGAAGCAGCCAAAUUUUUCCAACAAGCACGAUAUGUUGUAGCUUUAGGAAGCAACGAUUUCAUCAACAAUUACUUAAUGCCAGUGUACAGAGAUUCAUGGACGCACACUGAUAAAUCUUUCAUCCAGUACUUGAUGGACACUCUCAGGUCACAGCUUACAAUGUUGCAUAGUUUGGGGGCAAGGGAGUUGAUGGUGUUUGGGCUAGGGCCAAUGGGGUGUAUACCACUUCAAAGGGUUCUAAGUACAGAUGGGCAGUGCCAGGACAAGACCAACCAACUGGCACUUGCCUUCAACAAAGCCACAGACGAACUUGUCGUGGAAUUGGCCAACACACUUCCAAAUGCUAGCUACAAGUUUGGAGAUGCUUAUGAUGUUGUCAACGAUGUCAUUACCAAUCCCGGCAAUUACGGUUUUAGUAACUCGGAUUCACCAUGCUGCUCGUUUGGAAAAAUUAGGCCAGCAAUAACGUGUAAUCCAGCAUCGACAUUGUGUAGCGACAGAAGCAAAUAUGUGUUUUGGGAUGAAUAUCACCCUUCUGAUCGUGCUAACCAGUUAAUUGCGAAAGAGCUCAUUAAAAAGCUCGGAUUUUUGAACCCUAACCAGACCAAUAUUGCUUCGUCCCCUACGCCAACCACUGAUCCUUCAUCGGAUGAUGAUGGCCGGUAGAACUUCUUGUUAUUAAUAUAUUGUUAUUAUUAAUUCCUUACAGUAAUGCUUACACAGAACCAGCCGGUUAAUUUACUUAAAUCUUCCAUUUUUAGACCCCUAUUUAUGUUUUCUUUUUAUUUUUAAAAGUUAUAAAAACAAUUAAUUAUUUUAGGAA